GAUAGCUUAGAAUUAGGGUUAGGGCUCUGUUUCGCGCGUAAAUUUGGGGCAGUUGGCUUUGGAUUUGCGAGAGAAAUGGCGAGAGCGGCAGUGGUGCUGGGUGUGGCGAUCGCGCUGUUGUUUUGCUCGAUCCAUGGCGCUCGCGCUUGGUCCGCGAGCUGCUCGGAUCCCUUCUUCAAGGCCUGCUAUGGCGUCGUCCACAAAUGCCCCGCGGGAUGCCCCAAGGCGUGCCAGGUCGAUUGCAAGUUUUGCAAGCCGAUUUGCGCGUGUGACAAGCCGGGAGCGGUGUGCCAGGACCCACGAUUCAUCGGCGGCGACGGGAUAAUGUUCUACUUCCACGGCAAGAAGGACAAGGAUUUCUGCCUGGUCUCGGACAGAGAUCUCCACAUCAAUGCGCACUUCAUCGGCAAGAACAGGGCCGGAUCCACGCGCGAUUUCACCUGGGUCCAGGCGCUCGGGAUCAUGUUUGGCAGCCACAAGCUCUACGUGGGCGCCAAGAGGGCCUCGAUCUGGGACGAUUCCGUGGAUCACAUUUCCAUAGCGCUGGACGAGAGCCCAGUCCUCGUCCCGGCGGGGCAGGGCUCGGCGGUGGAGUUCCCCUCUGCUGGGGACCUCAAGAUCUCGCGCAUCGCGCUCGCCAAUGCCAUCGCGGUGGAGAGGCCCGGGAGCUUCCGCGCGGUGGUGAGGGUGGUGCCCAUCACCGCGGAGGAAUCGCGCGUCCACCGCUACGACAUCACGGCCGACGAUUGCUUCGCGCACCUCGAGGUGAAUUUCAAGUUUGGGGAUCUGUCGCGCGACGUGCACGGGGUGCUCGGCCAGACGUACGCGGCGGGGUUCCGGAGCCGGGUGAAGAUCGGCGUCGCCAUGCCCGUCAUGGGCGGGGAGAAGCGAUUCGCGGUGUCAUCGCUCUUCAACUCCGAUUGCGAGGUGUCGCGGUUCCAGGAAUCCACAGCGCAGCUUGGUGCCGGCGAGGAUGUGAUUGAGAUGAAGAGCAAGGCAGGGAUGGCUCUGCCGUCAAUGGAGUGUCACAGCGGGGAUGGAAGCAGGGGAAUGGUGUGCCGGCGCUAGAGUUAGUAAACGGCAUAAAGUAUAUUCUGUGCUAUGUUUCGUUUCUCUUUCUUACUUUCGGUUUGCUUAGGCAAACCACUCAAUAACAUUAGUUAACAUUAGUUUAAGAAAUAAAUAAACUCAAGUAAAGCUCAGUUUGAGUUGUUAUUAACUAAAA